AUGAGAACCAAAGAAAGGUACGAAGCUGCGGGACAGGGGCACCUGUUCGAGCAUUGGGAGCAGCUAACAAAGGAGGAGCAGGGUGAGCUGGAGCAGAGCCUGGUGCAAACGGACCCUGCGCGAGUGCUCGCAAACCUGCAGCGUGCUCUGGAGAGCCAAGACAAGAGCCAGGAGGGGGACAUCAGUGCGCUGCCGGAGACGUCGUACGAGUCUGCGAUUGACUGCAGCGCGGAGACGCGGGCUAGAUACAGAGAGAUCGGGCUGGAGGCUGUGCGGCGGGGCGAGGUGGCGGUGGUGCUGAUGGCGGGCGGACAGGGCACUCGGCUGGGGUCCUCGCAGCCCAAAGGGACUUAUGAUGUGGGGCUGCCGUCGCACAAGUCGCUGUUUCAGAUCCAGGCAGAGCGGCUUGGGCGGCUGGAACGGCUGGCUGGAUGCGCACAGCCCAUUCCGUGGUACAUCAUGACCUCGCGGGCGACACGCACUGCCACGGAGAGCUUUUUCAGAGAGCAUGGGUACUUCGGACUCCAGCAGGGGCAAGUUACGUUUUUCAACCAGGGGACGCUGCCUGCGCUGGAUAGCGACGGACGCCGGCUGCUGUUGGAGAGCAAGAUGUCACUGCUGGAGUCGCCGGACGGCAAUGGUGGGCUGUAUCGUGCCCUCCAGGAAAACGGAAUCCUCGACGAUCUUGUUUCACGGGGAGUUAAGCACAUCCAUAUGUACUGCGUCGAUAAUGUGCUUGUGAAACUUGCCGAUCCCGUGUUUCUGGGCUACGCCAUCGACCACGAGUUUGAUCUAGCAACGAAGGUUGUCCGCAAGCGCGAUGCGCAUGAGUCUGUUGGUCUGAUAGUUGCCAAGGACGGGAAGCCGUGCGUGAUAGAAUACUCGGAAAUCAGCAAGGAGCUUGCUGAAGCUAUAGACGAGGAGAGCGGCUUAUUAAAGCUGCGUGCUGCGAACAUCGUGAACCACUACUAUUCUGUGGAUGUGCUUCGCGCGAAACUUGAGUCAUGGUGCGAGCAGAUGCCGCUCCACAUUGCCAAGAAGAAAAUCAAAUACUAUGACCCCUGUAGCGACGCUGUCGUCUGCCCUGCUGAUGUCAAUGGAAUUAAGCUGGAGCAAUUCAUUUUUGACGUUUUUGGCAGUAUUCCGUUGGAAAGGUUUGGCUGUCUUGAAGUUGAGCGUUCCGAGGAGUUUUCGCCACUGAAAAACGGCGUGGACGCCCCGAAUGAUAAUCCGUUAACCGCACGCAGAGAUUAUCUUGAAUUGAGCACUAAGUGGCUGAGAGACGUUGGCGCUGUCGUGGAUGAAGGGGUCUUAGUGGAAGUGUCAAGCGCCUUAUCUUACGAUGGCGAAAAUUUAGACCGUUAUCACGGCGAGCGCUUUUCACAAGAUGGUGCUUACCUGACGUAA